ACAAGUGCGCUGGUUCUCCCCUGACUGAUGUUUAGAUUUAUCAUAAAGAAACAAAACAGUUGAAACUGCAGGUUUACCAUCACUGUUCACUGAUAACAGAGAAUGACCCGGGUUUCUGAAAAUCUCAUUCUUGGAGAGUUUUUAAAUUAAUUACAUUAGCUGGCUGUACACAGCUGUAGAUAAUGUAAUGACUGACUUGGAUGCGACCUCACGCCAUUCUGAGGGCUGGAUAUUAUAAACUGUGUACAAUCAGAGGCCACAAUUUACAAAUACCGAUAUAGAUGUAUGUAUAAAACUCUGAACUCGCUAGGAUUCCCCGAAAACAGGUGCAAACAUUCCUUCAGAUUCUCCUCCACUCAGACUUUUUUUUUCUCGGACAACUCCCAUCUCAGGUUCUUCAUUCACAUUGAAUUUUGGAUGAGAAGUGACCAUAUCGAAAUGAAUCUAAUUGUAAGUUGACGAUGAAGCAGUCAUUGUGAUGCCUCUUUCUGAGAACGACUGUGCUGCCACCUACAAAGUUUUGAUCGCUGGUGACGCAUACGUCGGCAAGACAGCGUUGCUAAGAUGUCUGAUGGGAUACGAGUUUUCCCCACAAUUGCGACCCACAGUAGCCGUGGAUUUUGUGACAAAACCGUUUGAGGUCGAUGGAGCUCUGAUCCAGAUGAUGAUCUGGGACAGUGCUGGUCAGAAAAGGUUUAUGUCCAUGACAAGACAACAGUACAAAGAGGUCAAGGGGAUCGCUGUGGUGUUCGAUAUUUCAGACAGGUCCACGUUUACACAUCUCUCUUUCUGGCUGGAAAGCAUCAACAACUGCGUCUCGAAUUUUGUGUGUAAUUAUGAAUCAGUGCCGAUAAUCCUGAUUGGAAACAAAGCCGACCUCAAAGAGCGCAGAAUGGUGUCAAUUUCUGAAGCUAAAAAGUUCGCAAACAAAGAGAUGGCUUUUGAUUAUUUCGAAACCAGCGCUAAAACAGGGACCAAUGUUUUUGCUGCCUUUCAGAAAUUAGCAUAUCACGUGACAGAAAUUUGUAAUCCACAAGUGAUGAAAAGUUAUCACCCACACAUGUUAAGACCACCGGAAGUAUUAGCAGUGAAAAAAUCAGCUUUACCGUAUAAAGUUGAAAACGUCACAAGAAUUCCGGAAAAGUUCAAACCUGUGGGUCAACUGAGGACCUCGAUGCGGGGCGGAAAAUACAAGUUCCGGGUCCGGAAGCGGAAGAAGAAAUAUGCUCAAUGUUGCUCAGUCCAGUAGAUUGGCAUUCUGUACCCAUUUAUUCAGGAUUUACUCGUCAGUUGCAUCGUUUUUGCAUUGUAGCUUUGUACAUGGAAAAUGGUUUAAAUCUGACAUUCUGUUUGAUUCGAAUCGCAGGAAACAUGGACUCCAUAUGUAGGAAAUGCUUUUUUUUUUGCUAUACGUACACUAAGUAAUGUGAUAUUUUCCUGAUUUUGGUAUUUAUAUUUUACUUUAAAUAUAUUAUCAUAGGUUUUUUACAAUUAUAUAAAAAAGUUUCAAUAACGUUUUGGAGAAGAGUUGAAAAAGAACCAAAGGGC